UUGACAUGCGCAGUGGGCUACACAGAACGUUCAUAGUUCGUGAUAGGUAUUGGAUUGCACUCUGGGGAAUCUGGAAGUUGUGAAUUAUUUUACAUAUAGGCCUACAUUGAAAGAGGUGUAAAAAUAUCGGAAAGAAUAGCUAUAAGAAGUAGGCCUAGAUCGUACUACAAACGUUACAGAAUAAUAACUGUCCUUGUUGAUUUCGGAGGGGAGAAACAGACAUGGAAGACUUCGGAACACCCCUGGACAAAAACGCUACGGAGUUAACCGUUAUGGACGUCUAUGACAUUGCCGCGGUUGUGGGACAGGAGUUUGAACGCAUUAUCGAUCAGUUUGGAUGCGAGGCUUCACUGCGGCUGAUGCCCAAAGUGGUCCGGGUUCUGGAAGUUCUAGAGGUGCUGGUCACCCGAAACAAUAUCAACCCAGAGACGGAGGAGCUACGGCGUGAGCUGGACAGGUUGCGAAUGGAACGGAAUGACAGAUUGAAGAAAGAGCAACUACAUCAAAAGGAGUUGGAGCUGGUGGAGGAUGUGUGGAGAGGGGAGGCCCAAGACCUGCUGUCUCAGAUCACACAACUGCAGGUGGAGAAUAAGAGCAUUCGGAAGAGCCUGUCCCUAAAAGACUACCCUGUGACUGAGGACCUGCAGAGACAGGAGGGUGUGUCAGACAGAGAGUGCCAGGUGAUGAAGAAGCUAAAGGAGGUGGUAGACAAACAGAGAGAUGAGAUCCGCGAUAAGGACCAUGAGCUGAACCUCAAGAACGAGGACCUGGAGGCGCUUCAGCUGCAGCAGCACCGUCUGAUGAAGAUCAACCUGGACCUGCGGCACAGGAUCAGUGUGGUAGAGGCUCAGGGCAAGGCAGUGAUCCAACAGAAGGCUGAGCUGGAGGCUAUGUCCCAGGCGCGCCAGCAGGAGCUGGGGGCCCUGCGGCAGGAGGUGGCAAGGCUGAAGGAGGAGCGUAAAGAGUGGGAGCUGGACAUGAAGAUGUCAGCGGAGGAGGAACCAUCCACCUCAAAGGCUGUGAUGACAGUGCUUACACCAGUGUCGGCCAAGUCCUUGGUACCAGCAUCAGCAGCCUCCAUCGUACACAAUUCAUUUUGGGCGGAAUGCAGAAGUGACCAUGAAUUCCUGGCACAGUGCUUUGAAUCAGAAGAGAGCCCUCCUGUCCUCCCGCUGUGUGACCAGGAGCAGGAGGAGGAACCUGAUGUCCUGGACCAGAAGGAGUCCGACAGGCCCCACUUCACCCUCGAGGAGCUACGGGACGUCCUGAAGGAGAGGAACGAACUCAAAGCUCAAGUGUUCAUGCUGAGAGAGGAGCUCAUCUAUUACAAAAGUGAGGAGUUGGAGAAUGAGAUUUACGGCAUCAACUUGGAUCCAUCACUUCAGUCACAGCCUGCAGUCACUGAACAGCCUGACUCGGGGAUCAAACGUCUGAUAUUCACUGCAGUAAUGCCGAUGGUAGCAGCAGGGUUGAUUGCAGACGAUCCAACGUUACAGCCGAUCAGACGACUUAUGUCCUGUGUAUGAACUUUAACAUUUAUUUUAUCUCUUUUUGUGAUGUCAUUGUUCUUGAGCCAAGCACCGCCACUGUGCCAAAGCCCCUCCACCGCCUGUCAUCUCAAAUGCAAUACUUCCUUGUGAUCAUGUGUGCAGGAUGUGGGAGUAUUCUUAUUGGCUGAUAAUGUGUAGAUCUUGAACCAGCUCAUCAUAGAAGAUGCCACAAUCAUUAAAAAUGGUCACCUCUUUUGCCAAUAUACUAAUCCAGCAACUCACUAUUACAAGUACAAAUCCACAUAUGCAUGUUGUCUGAGUUAGGAUUGUCUCAUAGCAUGGAUAUUCGCUGUUGACAGCUCUUCAUUUGUUGAAUAAAGUGGAGUGACUAACUAUGUUACCCUCUGACAGGGCAAAGCUUAUGCACCUCCCCAACCUUUUGUUUAGCACUUUUCCUCAUGCAUGCUCUCAUUCUGCUUUUGUCCUCACUCUGAGAACUCAAUGUCACUCACUCACUCUGCAUGAAUAAUCUGAAGUGUAACCACUGUAUUUUAUUGAUCUAUUUUAGCAGUAGUAUUGUCAUGGCUAUUUUUUAUAUUUUUUUGGCAUGGUGUAACCUAAAUUCUUAAUUUCUGUCAUUGCACCUAUCCAGGUUUAGCAUCUUCUCUGGAGAAAAGAGGCGACCAGAGGAAGUGAUUUGUGGGAGAGAGAUUAUUUGCACACAGAGCAGGCUCAGGAGGCACUGAAGCAUCCAUAACCAGGAACCUACACUGAAUGCACAAAACAUUAGGAACACCUGCUCUUUCCAUGUAUAGACUGACCAGGUGAAUCCAAUUGAAAUGUAUGAUCCCUUAUUGAUGUCACUUGUUAAAUCCACUUCAAUCAGUGUAGAUGAAGGGGAGGAGACACGUUAAAGAAGGAUUUUUAAGCCUCGAGACAAUGGAGACAUGAAUUGUGUAUGUGUGCCAUUCAGAGGGUGAAUGGGCAACACAAAAGAUUUAAGUGCCUUAGAACGGGGUAUGGUAGUAGGUGCCAGGCGCAUUGGUUUGAGUGUGUCAAGAACUGCACCGCUGCUGGGUUUUACCACCCUCAACAGUUUCCCGUGUGAUUAUCAAGAAUGGUCCAACGCCCAAAGAACAUCCAGCCAACUUGACAACUGUGGGAAGCACUGGAGUCAACAUGGGCAGCGUACCUGUGAAUGCUUGACACCCUGUAGUCCAUGCCCUGAUGAAUUGAAGCUGUUCAGAGGGCAAUAAGGGGUUACAACUCAAUAUUAGGAAGGUGUUCCUAAUGUUUUGUACACUCAGUGUAUAAUGUCCCAUGCUGGUGGUCUCCAAGUAAAAACAUGAAGAGCUUCAUGCUAAGAGGGAUUGUCAGGACAAAGUUGUCUUGUGGGGACAAUGGAUUCAGGAGAGAAUAAUGUGCAAUCUGAGAGAUAUUCUGUGCCUUUUGAAUUCAUAUUUAGUUGUGCAGACUAUGGUGCUUUAUACUAGCAAUAAGUAUUAGAGUGUAACUUCAGAGAUCGCUCACAUGUUUAUUUGUAUCUAUUAAAGCAAACUUAUACCAAGUCUGAUGAUGCCUCAAGGUAGACAAAAUAUAUUGAAGGCAUUUUGACAUGGUUUGAUGUGAUAACUAUCGGUCAUAUUUAAAUUGUAUUUAUGUAAAGAUUUUAUUUGGACUAUGCUGCACUUGAGUUUCCUAGUGUCUGAAUAAAAAGCUGGCAUAUUGUUGA